CUGUCACGAGGAGUCGGAAACAAAAACAAAUGAUCCAUUUGAAAGAUGUUUCUUUGUACUGAAUAUUUGUAAAUUCAACGAUAUUUUUCUAAUAAAAAAUGGAACAAGUGAGAUUAUUGGUGCAAGAACAGGGUAGAGAAGCUAGAAACCUAGUGGCUUUUAAUAUUUCUGCUGCUAAGGAAGAAUUUAGAAGUAAGGUUGCUAGAAAACCUCCAUGCUCUCCAAGAAACAAUGGUGAUUCUAUCCACACUUCGUCUCCUAAACCAAACAAUAUUAGAUCCAGAACAGGUGCUCGAGUUAGAUCAGCUUCCACUGGAAGAGACAAAAGGUCGGAACUUAGAGCCAGGUAUUGGGCGCUGCUUUUUGGAAAUUUACAAAGAUCUAUUGCAGAAAUAUACAACACUGUGGAAACCCAUGAAAGCCUAACAGAAUGCCAAGAAGUCCUGUUAGUACUAGAAAACUACUUGAGAGAUUUUACUGCACUAGCCGAUUGGUUUCGACUAAAAUGGGACUACGAAAACACACCUGCCUUACAAAGACCAACUUCAUUAGCUUGGGACGUUUGCAAAACCAAUUUAACCAAAACCAGUAGAUCUGGAAAGUCAACACCAAGUAUAGGUUCUGGCAGAAAUAGUCCAAAUGUCUCUUCUGGAAAAAUCAGUCCUAAAAUAUUACAGAAUAAGACAAAGACUUCCACAUCUUGUCCCACUAGUCCUCUGCCUACUAUCGAUCAACCAAUCAUUGAAGGUCAGCCUUUGGUAACUUCUCAAGCCGUUGAAACAAAUAAGAAAGUUAAAGAUAGCAUUAAGUCUCUUCAAGAAACAAAUACUGAAGGAAUAACAAUAACUGAAGUGGCCACUAAUUAUGAUGAUUUUAAAAAUGAAAACAGAGAUCCUAUUCCUGAGGGAGAUCUUAACAGUGCUGGAAAUAUUCCAAUUCAAAGAGAAAAUUGUGCUGAAGAGGAAAAACCAAGUUGUGUCUUUGUUGAAACAAAGAAUAUAGGUACUGAAGACAUAGAUUUUGUUGAAACAGUUGCAACUGUUACUGUUGAGGAAAAAGCUAGUGGAUCAAAUGGAGAUAGUAUUGGUAGUACCAAGAUCUCGAAAAAGCCUGAACCAAUUAAGAAAAAACCAGAAACACCAAAAGUCGAAUCUAAACUGAAACUUCCUCAAAAACCAAGUGUAAAAUCUAUCGCCGUAAAAUCUGACAAAAUCCCCACCCAGAAAGCUAAGCCAGCAGAUGUAGGUCGUCCGAGUAGUAAAAUAGUUAACAAAAAACCUAUUUUAGAAAAACAAAACAGUAGGGAAGAAGAAAAAUUUCCGGAAGCCAAUCAAAUAGAAGAUAAAUUAGUUGAAACGGAUGCUAAAAAGAGCAGUCUAGAACUCAAACUUACUGAUCCUUUAGAAAAACCGAGUUUGAUCAUUAAAAAUUUAGAUUCGCCUAGUGAAGAUCAAAGAACCUAUGAUACGCUUCGUAAGGUUGGUGUGCAGAGUGCCGAAAAAAGUACAUGUACAGACGACGACUUUCCCAAGUUACCUAUAAAGAGACCUAAUGUGAUUAAAGUCAGUAUAGACUGCCAAACUGACGACCAAUUGGAGAAAAAAGAUAAAGAACCAGAGAAAAAAGAUACUAAAGAACCUGACAAGAAGGAUAGAGAUGCCAGAGAAGUAGAUAAGAAGUGUGUAAAGCCUGCUAAAGUUGAGGUAAAACCUGUAAAGCCUGUAACUACCGUAAGGGCUGCGUACUCUACGGCAUUGACUAAAAGUGCCUCAGCAAAGAUUGUACCACCAAGGGCUAAAGUUGAAGUUAAGCCUCAUGUGGCAAAUGUGUCUAGGUCUUCUAUUCUUCCAAAACAACCAACAAAACCAUACUCAGCCCGUCCUCUAACAAACCAAAGACCCACAAAACCAGAACCCACCGUUUUAUCCCGCAGCAAAACCGUCGGAGAUAUGAAAAAUCCUCAUUUUAUAAGCAAAAGUGCUACCAAACCUCCGCCUAGAACUCAGCAACAAAAACCUUUCCAACCGAAUCCGGCCAUGUUGUUACAGAAGAGCAAAACAACUCUGAGUAAGGAUCAAUUAACCAAAUCCCUAUCUUUGGAUGAAUACGCCAGCUCAGCAGAGACUCUGGUGAACCAAGAAAGAAGCUCAGCUAAUACGAAUAGCAGCAACAGCAUUGCUAGUUCUUCAGAGACUUUGAAUAAUGAAAAUGUUAAGAAAAUUUCCACAGAUGGGUGGUUAACGGUUAAGGGAAGAUCAAGAUUUAAGAAUGGUGGCAAAUCGAGGAAUUCCUACACGGCUAUGUCAUGGGCAACUAGAUUCCAUCAAGUCAGUGCUACUGCAAGUCUACCUGCGCUAGCUCUUCUCCCAGAAUCAGACACCACGAAACCUCAAAAAUCCAUAGAAAAAAGCGUCAAAGAAAACUUAAACACUCUAAAAUCGCUCAAAAAUAAUUCUGAAAAUAGCACCAACAACAAUAAGAAUGUUCUUAGGAGAUCUAACACGACUGUCAGUAAAGUCACAAUUACCCAAACAUCUAGUAAUCAAAAUAACAGCAUUCAAGAGAAGAACAAGACCAAUAUGCAGAUCAAGAGAACCGCUGAAAGGGAGCAUAAGAAGAUAGCUGACGUCGACUCCGAAACUGAUGAUGAAAUGAAGAUGAAGGAUAUGCAAGAUGAACUGGCCACCGAGGAAGAACAUCGGAAAAAAGCUAAACAACUAUCUGAAGAAGAAGAUCGUCUGACCAAAGAAAUAGAACACCUGCAGGGUCUUGAAAUCGAAGUAGACACGGAAACUGAUGGAACUGAGACUGACGGGGAUGAACUACAAGGAGAUAAUGACGAUGAUCCUAGUCAAGACGUUACUCUAAUUCCAGACGAUCAGAUGUCAUUAGAAGCGAGAUAUGAGCCCAUGCUAGCUGAAAUGUCGUGGACUGAAAGAAUUGAUACUUUAGCAGCAUUGGAAGCCUUAACGGCUCGGCACCCAGGAAGAGCCCACGAACUCCAUCAAAAACUAUCAAAUCCUUCGCGCAGGCGCAGUUUAGCGGAAACAGUCAGAAGAUACCAAGCCAAGCAGGCCAAAGCGCAGCAGAGGCGACAGGAUCUGCAACAAGAAAAAGCGCAAAAACUACAGGCAUUAUUGGCUAGAGUUGAAGAUGUUAAAGCUGCUAAACUACAACUAAUAGAAGAGAAGAGGAAGAGAAUGGAGAUGAGAUUACAGAAAGCGGCUCAGAACAGGAAUCGGCAUAUAAAAGAUAUAAUAAAGAAAGCUCAUGAUGAAGAGGAGAAGCUGAAGGAGAUCGCAUUCAUCAACGAACUUGAAGCUCAAAAUAAAAGACACGAUUAUUUACAAUCUUGUCGGGAACAACGACACCGCGUACAAGGCAUUAAAGAAGACAGGCGCAAGAGACAAGAGGAAAAGGCAGCUAAGGAGGCUGCCGUAGAAGAGCGAAGAAAAGCCUUAGAACGAGAAAGGCUUGAAAGGUUAGAUAGACUACAAGACGAACGGAGACAAAGAGACGAAAGAAUCGGGCAGCAGCAACAGCAGAGAGAACGCGAGAGGCAAGAGUUGGCGAGAGAGAAGGCUAGGGAUAGAGAGGAACGGUUAUCUGCUCUUCAUGAAAAGCAACUGGCGUCCACGCAGGAGCUACAGAAACGGAUCGAACAGAAACACGAAGAUACUAAAAGGCGCCACGAUGAAAAUAUGGAACAGAUCAGACAAAAAGCGCUGGAAUUGUCGAUUCAUCGAUGCCAGACUGAAGAUAAUCAAGCUCCUAACAUGGUUCCGUAUCCUACACAAAAGAUGUGUUCCGUUUGCAGUGUACUUAUCAAAUCUGAAGUCUACUUAAUGAGCCAUCUAAGGGGCAGAAUGCACCAAGAAGCCGUGAAACAAGCCAAUCUUCAACCCGGCGAUGUCGAACAGUACAACGUGAAGCAAAUCAUCGAAGCUCCCGCCGAAAAGGAAGACCCCAAGAUAACGGCUGCCAAAGAACGCGGUAAAACGUAUCGGAAGAGAUGCAAGAAGAUCAGGCAACGAAUGGCCUUGAAAGGAGCAGAGUUCGAGACUAAGUACAAACCAAACGUAACGGACGGCACGAAUAAACGUAGCUUGAACCGCAGCAUAAACACGAUUGGGUCCAUUACCAAUCAAGCCACGCAAGGAUUGUCUCCGGCUACAACGAGUCAGCUGGAUAGGAUACUCAACGAGCUGACGAGGUUGCUCAAUAAAGGAGGGAAAAACGAUUUGAUGAUGUUCCAGAGCGUGGGAGGUUUUGCUGUUUUGGGAAAACUGUUGGCGUUGGGACAGGAUGGAAAUACUUCUAUAUCUGUUAAAACACUGAUAAUUUGUUGCAAUCUAUGGCAAAUUGCUUGCAAAGGGGCCGAUGGAGCAGCAAAUUGUGAGUAUGUGAUCCUGUCCAAUCGAUUGUCUCCUGUGAUAGAUCUUCUAAACAUCAAAUUAUCGCAACUUGACGACUGUGAAGAAAUUCUUCCCUCUGAUCCUCUCUGCACAGCAUUGAUGCAACUGUUAGCGACUGUACUCCAGAACACGCCCAAGGAAACCCUUCAAGUUAGAGUUCACGAUAUAGUCAGUUUUUCCGUCUGUGUUGGCGUAGUCGAACAGUUAGCAAGAUGCUGCUUAGCAGUGAGGGAACCGGUCCAUGAUAUUCCACCGGCAUGCUCUUUCUUGCUCGCUGCUUUGGAGUUUUUGGCAGCUUUGACAGAUCACGCUCCUGAAGAUUCUGAUACCACCCACUUGGUUAGUACUCUUCAUGCAACUGAACUACUGGGUUGUGUUUCGAUGCUGUACGGGUCUCUUCUACCUCCAGAUUCGACGCCUAGAGUAGAAGGACAACAGCCACCAUCGAUACCAACACCAUGUCUUUCUUUGGCAUCCGUAACUUUCAAACUACUUAGGAGAGUAGCAGAAUUAGACAUCAAGAAGUUCCAGGAAGUACUGGGAGCAGAGGGAAUCUCUCUUCAAUUCCGUCACAUCGCCAGCCAUCUCAUAUGGUGCUGCGCCUCUCCGACUAUACCCAAAAAUCACGGAAAAGAAGAUCCAGUCACGGAAUUGGCGUACCAGGAUCUGCUACAUCAAGUUAUCACAGUAACUGGGUAUUUCACCUUGGAAAAUAAUGAUAACCAAAUGCUGCUGGUCAGCGGUCAGUCACCGUCGGUGCUUCAGCAACUAUGUUCUUUGCCUUUCCCUUAUUUCUCCGUAGAAUCUCUGUCCAACAUCUUGUAUCCCACUUUGCUAGCUUGCUGCUCCGGGAAUGAGCAUACCACAUCGAUACUUAAACAAGAGUUGUCUUACAGUAUUUUAGAAGAAUUCAGAAAUUCAGAACGAGGUAAGCAACAUCGUCUGGUAAAAUUGUUAUCGAAAUGUGACAUCAAAUGAUUUAGUUGUUGUAAAAGGAUGUUAAUCUCAAAAAAUAAGAAAUUGUAAUUUCCGUGCAAUUUUUAUCAAUGUCAAUUUCAUUUAUCUUAACUUCUUUUAAUUUCUCAACAUUUUUUUAAUAAACGAAUAUUAGACGCACACAAAAAUCUCAACAAUGUGAUGUUACCGUGGAUCUUAGUUUAUAGAUUGAAAAUGAAAAAAAUGUGAUUGUAUGAUCUAUUAGAGAAGAAGGAUUUAAAUAAAUAUGAUCAGUUGUUUUUAUACAGGAUGAAGAGGUAAUGAACAAAUUGUUAGCUUAAAAAUGAGACUUUAACAAUUUAUGUCUUGUAGAUUUAACAUAAUUUAUUUUUCUUUGAAUUUAAUAUUAAAGUUAAAAUGUGCUCUACUAUCUUGUUGACUGUUGGAAGUAACCUAAUCGACCUGUAAUGUUGCAGAAAAAGGGGCAGCGCUGAAAAAUCUCUUUGAAUUUACUAAAGCUAGAUUUUUCACAGUUGAUUAUGUGAGUGUGCAGAGAAACAUACUGCGGUCGGUCAAGCGAAACAGGUAGAACAGGGGUUACUGAGAGGGUAUCAAAGUUGCUUUCCUACGAAGGUAAUUAAAUCCAUUUACUAAGGCUGAAAAUCAGUACACACAUUCUAAAUUAAAUAUAAAAAUAAAAGUUAUUAUAGUCGGUCAGCUGUAUGACGGAACAGAGCCGGUCGGUCGGCCCCAAUAGUCGAUUGAGGACAUAAAGCAUUUUGGCUCGCAAUUUUUUCGUCCAUCGUGGAUUUACUUGAAAUUUUCACAGAAGGUAGGGAAUAGUCCAAGGAUCAUUUUAUAUAUCAUGCCGCUAUCAUACGCUUAAACCUUGGUAAUGGUUGCCACCCCAUCUCGGGGGGUGGGAAUUUUUUAUUACAUUUUAACCAUGUAAUUCGAUGGAAAAACUGAUUCUAAGAAAAAAAUAUUUUUUGCAUUUUCUUCGUAAAACUAAUAUUUUUCGAGUUAUUCGCGCUUGAAAAUAACAGUUUUUCGACGAAAAAAUCGACUUUUUUGAGGGUUUUUUGAGAAUACCUACCUCGAAAAAUAUGCAUUUAAUCAAAAAAACUGUAGAUAUCAAAAUUGUAUCUUUUAGUAACACAAACCAAAUUCUUUAAUUCUUUUCCUAUAAUAUCUUUAAGACCAAUACAAACCGAGAUACGGCAUGUUAAAGGUUAGCUUUUUUCGUCAAAUGCACAAUUUGAAUUUUGCAUUUUUCGAGGAAAACUUAAAUAAUUUUUUUUCAAGCAUACAAUUAGACCUUUCAAAAAAUAAUAAUAAAAAGUUUCUAGCAUGAAAAUUAAGCGACUACAAAAAAAUGUCGGUACCUGCUUUUCUCUACGAAAAAAUCAGUGAAAACAGCCCCCUAACUACCUUCCUAAUUCAAAAUUGGUCUUCACCUUUCUGUAGUUCCUUUUAUAUUUAUAUUAUCAAUACACUCAAGGAGUUUGACCUAUUUAAAAUGUCUAAUUUUGGAAAAAUUGGAGUUUAAAGAAAAAUUGUUUUUUUGCAAUUUGGUAUUUUUCACCUUUUACUUCAAAAUAUCUCCGAAAAUACUGAAGAUAUGAAAAAAAUUAUAUACUACUAAAUUGUAGCUUUUUUAAUGACUAAAAUUACCCUGUGAUCCAUAGAUUUUCACUACAGUGAAUAGUUAGCCAGAUAUAGCUGUUUAAAACCUCUAUUUACCAGCAAACACCCCCUUAUUCGAGCCCUUUAAACCCGCCCCAAUUAAAAUCUAAGGCAUCUUACGGAAUUUAAUUUACACAGUUUUAUAGCUCUUUAAAAAUCCUACAAAAUCAUUUUUGAGGGGUCUCAUUACUGAGAGGGUAUCAAAGUUGCUUAACUACGAAGGUAAUUAAAUCUAUUUACUAAGGCUGAAAAUCAGUACACAGUGAGAUAUAAUAUUUUUACAAAAUUAGGCAUUUUAAAUAGGUCAAACUCCUUGAGUGUAUUGAUAAUAUAAAUAUAAAAGGAACUACAGAAAGGUGAAGACCAAUUUUGAAUUAGGAAGGUAGUUAGGGGGUUGUUUUCACUGAUUUUUUCGUAGAGAAAAGCAGGUACCGACAUGUUUUUGAAUAAAGUCGCUUAAUUUUCAUGCUAAAAACUUUUUAUUAUUUUUUUUGAAAGGUCUAAUUGUAUUCUUGAAAAAAGAUUAUUUAAGUUUUCCUCGGAAAAUGCAAAUUUUUCCCAUUAUUUGGCUUUGAAUAUUUCAAAUUAUGCAUUUGACGAAAAAAGCUAACCUUUAACAUGCCGUAUCUCGGUUUGUAUUGGUCUUAAAAAUAUUAUUGGAAAAGAAUUUGGUUUGUGUUACUAAAAGAUACAAUUUUGAUAUCUACAGUUUUUUUGAGUAAAUGCAUAUUUUUCGAGGUAUUCUCAAAAAACCCUCUAAAAAAGUCGAUUUUUUCGUCGAAAAACUGUUAUUUUCAAGCGCGAAUAACUCGAAAAAUAUUAGUUUUACGAAGAAAAUGUAAAAAACAUUUUUUUCUUAUAAUCACUUUUUCCAUCGAAUUACACGGUUAAAAUGUAAUAAAAAAUUCCCACCCCCGAGAUGGGGUGGCACCCACUCCCAAGGUUUUAGCGUAUGAUAGCGGUAUGAUAUAGAAAAUGAUCCUUGGACUAUUCCCUACCUUCUGUGAAAAUUUCAAGUAAAUCCAUGCUGGACGAAAAAAUUGCGAGCCAAAAUGCUUAAUUUCCUCAAUCGACUAUUGGGGCCGACCGACCGGCUCUGUCCCUUCAUACAGCUGACCGACUAUAAUAACUUUUAUUUAUAUUUAAUUUAGAAUGUGUGUAUCGAUUUUUAGCUUUAGUAAAUGGAAAUAAUUACCUUCGUAGGAAAGCAACUUUGAUACCCUCUCAGUAACCCCUGUUCUAAGUUUCGCUUGACCGACCGCAGUAUGUUUCUCUACACACUCACAGUAAUCAACUGUGAAAAAUCUAGCUUUAGUAAAUUCAAAUAGAUUUUUCAGCGCUGCCUCUCCGUAUGAGUUUCCUUCCGUCGGUUUGGGAAGAGCCUCUAUCUUAGUAUAGCGUUUGUUAUGUUUGUUAAAUAUACAAUUGCUUUUGAAGGAAGAUACUUCAGAGCCCUGUUAGCGAUUUCGUCUACCAGGUGCUUGCCUUUGGUGAACUUUUUCUGAUCAGUUCACUUAUUUUUUUUUUUUUUGGGUGUUCAGUUAGGGAAAUCGGGACUGUACAACGUGGCUGGUUCUCACCCAAAACUUUAUAUGGCCGAUGAGUCAAUAGAAAACUGAUAUAGUCAAACUCUUCAGGACCCGAUCCUUUGUUUGGCUUCAGAAUUCGAAAUUUUAAUGCAAUUAAAUACAUUAGCUAUAUAUUUAGUUUUUAAUAUAUCUCUUCACCCUGUAUGAACCUGAAAAUUUUAAACAAUUGAGUGAUUUUUCUGUAGAUAUAAAAUUAGUAACAUUACACUUUGAUUAUACUGUAACUGCACUUAUUAUUAAUAAUGUUUAAUACAAAAAAGGUGUAGUGUUAUUAGUUAGUCGAUUAUGUAUUAUCGUUUGUGUUGAAAAUUAUUCCAAUAGAUAUACAGUCAUUCUUAACUCUCGUUUAUCCGUGUGAUUGAUUGACAUGGUCACCGCGGAUAACGAAAAUCUCGGAUAAUACCAAAAUUGAUUAAUACGCCAGUCAAUGAAAACAAGAACAGGAUGUUACCUCCGAAUUCUAUCCUACUGCAUGGAUUCUAAUGAAAUUUUAGGAAUCAUCAUCAUCAAUGGUGCUACAGCCCUAUGAAAGAGCCUCGACCUUCCCAAGUCUAUUACGCCAGUCAGUCCUAUCCAUUGCCAACCGUUGCCAGUUUGCUGCGCCUAUUUUUCUCCCAUCCUCAUCUACACCAUCUUUCCAUCUAAGUUUUGGCCUACCCCUAUUUCUACUUCCCACAGGUUGUGACAUAAGGAUUCUUCUAGGAGGGUUGUUAUGCUGUGAUCUUGCUAGAUGUCCUGCAUAUCUUAGUCGUCCUAUUCUUAUAAGAGAUACUACGUCUUUUCCACCAAAUAUAUGUUUAUAUCUGUGGUAUACUUCGUAGUUGUACCUCCUCCUCCAAAUACCAUUUUCACAGAUUCCACCGAAUAUGCCUCUCAGGAUCCUUCGUUCAAAUAUAAGCAGAAGGUUUUCAUCUGCCUUGGAGAUGGUCCAUUUCUCCGAUCCAUAUGUCAACACUGGUUGUAUAAGGGUUUUGUAUAUGGUUAUUUUUGUUUUUUGGCUUAAGUUUCUGCUUCUCAUAUGUCUACUGAGUCCAAAAUAGCAUUUGUUCGCUAGGAUUAUCCUUCACUUGAUUUCUUCUGUCAUGACGUUUUCCUUGGUGAUCAGGGAGCCUAAGUAUGUGAAUUUGUCCACCACUUCAAAGGUAGAGUUAUCAACAGAGAAUUGGUGACCGAUGUUUCUGGAUCUAUUGUUGGGUGUUGAUGCCACCAUCUUAGUUUUCUCCUCGUUUACUGUCAGGCCCAUAUUUUUUGAGGCAUUUGAGAAGGUGGUAUACAUUUCUUCUAGUUUGCGUGUUGUGCGGGCAACUAGGUCCACGUCAUCGGCAUAUGCCAAAAUUUGAGAUGAUUUAUUAAAAAUAUUUCCUCUGUUGUCUAUUCGGGCAUCUCUGACCGCCUUUUCCAGAGCUAUGUUGAAGAGGAGACACGCCAGCGCAUCUCCCUGUCGCAGCCCAAUAUUCGUUUCAAACGCCUGUGAUUGUUCGCCCUGUAUUUCGACUUUGCAAACGACUUUACGCAUUGUAGCCUUAACCAAUCUUAUCAGUUUGUCAGGGAUGUGGAAUUCAUCCAUGGCUUCAUACAAUUUAUUUCUUAGGACACUAUCAUAGGCCGAUUUAAAAUCUACGAAAAGAUGGUAUGUGUCGAUAUUGAAUUCAUUGGUUUUUUCCAGUAUUUGUCUUAGCACAAAGAUCUGGUCUGUUGUUGAUCGACCAGGCCUAAAACCACUUUGAUAUUCUCCAAGAAGCUCCUCUGAAUAUGCACUUAGGCGACCAUAUAAGAUGCUCGAAAAUAUUUUGUAAGCUGUAUUAAGGAGGGUUAUUCCCCUAUAGUUUCUACAUUCCAAUUGAUCACCCUUUUUGUGUAGCGGGCAAACGAUUCCAAGACACCACUCUUCCGGGAUUUGUUCCUCAUUCCAGGCUCUUAGUAUUAUUUUAUAUAUUUGAUUAGUCAGGGUAGCACCUCCAUAUUUAAUAAGUUCCGCGGAUAUACCAUCACUUCCUGGAGAUUUAUUAUUUCUUAGGUGUUUUAUUACAUCCCGUACUUCUUGAAUUGAUGGAGGCUCUAAUGGUGUAUUGUUGGUUGCUCUUGGGUUCGGUUGAUUUGGAUCUUCUACUUCGAUGGUAAGUAGUUCUUUAUAGUGUUCCACCCACCUUUUCAAUAUUUCUUCUUUUGUAUUGAGUAUGUGCCCCUCCUUAUCCUUACAUAGUCUUAGCCUUGGUUUGAAUUCCUUUCUUGCAUUAUUCAGAGUUUUAUAGAAUUUUCUUGUUUGAUUUUCCUGUUUUAAUGCCUCUAGUUCUUCUAGUAUUCUAUUUUCAUAAGUUCUCUUUUUUUUUUUCUAUGAAUGCACUUCUCUUCUCUUCUAAGGUCUUUAUAUUUUUGUUGUUUUUCUCGGGUUUUCCUGUGCUGCAUCUGUUUAUAUGCAUCGUUCUUUCUUCUUGUAAUGUCCUCACACUCAGCAUCGAACCAGUCAUUGCGUGAUGGUGAUCUCUCUGGCCCUAGAAUAUUAUUUGCUGCGUCUUUAAUAUUAUUUUUACACAUUUCCCAUUGUUCGCUGAUUGUUAGAUUCUCAUUAAUUAUGCAGUUAGUUUCGAUAUAGUUUUGAAACCUUUCUACCGUUUGCGGAUUUUUGAGGAGUUCAAUAUUAAGGCGCGUUGUUUUGGUACUUCUCUCCUUCUUCGCGUUUGAGAUUCUAGCUCGAAUUCUUGUGCCAACUAGAAAGUGAUCUGAAUCAAUAUUGGCGCCUCGAUAGGUCCGGACAUCCAUCAAGUUUGAGAAAUGUCUAGCAUCUAUGAGCAUAUGAUCAAUUUGGUUGUUCGUUAAUCCAUCGGGCGAGGUCCAAGUUCCCAUAAUAUGUAUUUUUUUGUGUAGAAAACAUGUGCUUCCUACGAUCAUGUUCUUUGCGGCUGCGAAGGUGACUGCUCGGUGUCCAUUCGAAUUGGUAUUAUUAUGGAGACUAUAUUUACCGAUGUGCGGUAGAUAUAUAUCUUCCCUUCCGAUUUUUGCAUUCAGAUCACCGAUUACUAUUUUAAUGUCACUUCUGGGACAACUGUCAUAUGCUCUUUCUAAUUCAUCAUAGAAUUCGUCUUUUUCUUCGUCUUCCUUGUCCUCUGUUGGGGCAUGUACAUUAAUAAGACUUAUAUUAAAGAACUUGCCCCUGAUCCUUAAGCAGCUCAUUCGUGGAUUAAUCGGCUUAAAAUCUAUAACCAAAUGCUUGACUUUAUUAUUGACUAUAAAGGCUAUCCCAAAUUCAUGUCUAGUUCUAUGGCAACUAUAGUACAUGUUGUAGUUUGUUUUUUUUGAUUAUGCCAUGACCUGUCCAUCGUACUUCUUGUAUUGCAGUAAUAUCGGCGUUAUAUUGUGCUAAUAUGUCGCAUAGUUUGCGGAUAUUUCCAGGUUCGUUGAGUGUGCGAACGUUCCAGGUAAAUAUUUUAAGAUCAUUGUCCUUAUUUCGUUGCAUUGGUCGUCGUUGAGAUUUCCGUCCGGCAUCUUUAACUUUCGAUUUCGUAACCAUGGAUUUUUCCUGGGUUGGGUCGUUAACCCAACGCCAAACCCCCUUUUCGGAGGGCCAUUUCACCCGCUCUCGUCAGUUCCCGACCCAACUUUCCACCCGGGUUGGAUACCGGAUCUCCAGAUUGGGUUGCUCGGUUAACAGGGGACACCAACGUGAAGGUGAGAGUCGGAUUUGAGUAGAAGAGGCUAAGUGGAGUAAGCUGGAAUCAACUCCAUGUUUUCGCAUUCUACCCCUUUAUCCCCCUGGAAUAAAAAAUUCUAGGAAUUUUAGGAAUAGCCUCUACUUAUCUCCUAAUUCAAAGUCUACCAUAUCCAGAGGAGCGCUUUUAUCUUGGGGGCGGUUCCCACCCCAUCAAGGGGGUGGAAAAUUUUUUGGUCAAAAUAACUACAGAAGUGGCUAGAGAACCUAAUUCUAAGCUAAAACGAAUUUAUAAUUUUUUUUAAAACUCAAUACUUUUUGAGUUAUUUGGUUGAAAAUUGGCCAUUUUUAUUGAAAAAUGACACUUUUUCGGACUGUUUUUUUGCGAAUACCUUAAAACUAUGCAUCUAAUAAAAAAACUAUAUAAAACAUUUUUGUAGCUUAUAAAAAAAACAAAGAGAUUUAUUCCUUCAUAAAUCUUCUAAUUAUAAUACAAAAAGAGAUAUGGUAGGUGAAAAGAGUUUGUUUUUUGGUGCAUGCUCAAAUCGGUGCUUGCAAAAAUGUUUAUAUAGUUUUUUUAGUUAGAUCCAUGGUUUUUAAGGUGUAUUGGUAGCAUUAUACACCUAAAAUCGACCGUUUCUUUGUUGUGUCAAGUUGAAUACACCGAUUUGAGCAUGCACCAAAAAACAAACUCUUUUCACCUACCAUAUCUCUUUUUGUAUUAUAACUAGAAGAUUUAUGAAGGAACGAAUCUCUUUGUUUUUAUUACAAGCUACAAAAAUGUUGUAUGUGGUUUUUUUAGUUAGAUGCAUAGUUUUGCGAAGAACCGUCCGAAUGAAAAUGGCCAAUUUUCAACCACGAAUAACUCAAAAAGUAUUCAGUUUAAAAAGAUCAUAGAACAGUUUUUGGUUAGAAUUAUCUUCCUCUUCCGUGAUUAUUUUGACCAAAAAAUUUUCCACCCCCUUAAAGCGGUGGGAACCGCCUCCAAGAUAAAAGCGGGAUACCAUGGGAUAUAGGUAGACUUUGUUUCUUGAACUGUUUCCUACUUACUGUGAAAAUAUCAAGUCCAUUAAUCACGUGAGGCUCGAAAGGGGGGGAGGGGUCCAUACAAAAAUCACGAAAUAUCACAAUACACGUGAUAUAGUGUGUCUUAAACCUCACCUCUUAAACAUCACCAAGAGGGAGGGGGUUAAAAAUGUGAAAAAAACUCACGUGAUUAAUGGACCACCCCUAAAGCGAUGUAGUAUAGGAUGGAAUUCGGAACCAAAUACCCUCAUUGACUGCCCUAUUAGCCCGAUCAAAGAACAAUCUGACCCCAAAGGUAAAAAAAAAUAAAGGAAAGAUGAAAAUUUGGGAAUAGGUAGUUGAAAUUGUCUAUUAUUACAUAAGAAAAAGUUUACAAUUCUACAUCCCCUCCAUUUUAGAAAAAUGGAAGGGAAUACCCCCCUCCCAAAGAUAAAAAAAUACAUUCAAAAUAAGACCGGAAUUGGAUAAAAUAACUAAUUCUAAACAACUUUUUUUCUAUAGAGUUUUUUCACUAAGUCAAUACUUUUCGAGUUAUUUGCGAGUGAAUAUGUUCAUGUUUAACAAAAUAAAACAUGUUUUUGGACGGUUUUUUGGGAGAUAACUCCGAAGAGAGUAUUUUAGCGAAAAAAAUAUUCUUAGCAAAAAUAUAGCCCAUAAAAAAUUGAAAAAAAUGGUGUAUACAUGAGAUGUGUAGACCUAGUAGAAGCAGAGUUGCAGCUAAUGAAAAGUAGGUUCCUCUUUGUCAAAUUCCAAAUCGAAUAUUUCAAUGUGAAAUAACCCAAAUACGGAGCACUUUUAGGGGAAAAUUCAUUUUAACUUUUUUAAAGUGUUUAAAAUAGUUUAUUUUUGUGUUUUAAAGAAACUUGUAAUAUUAAGGGGUUACAUAGGCCCUGCGGGUAAAAAAAAGUGAAUUUAAAAAAAAAUUAUUUCUCGAAAACUAAAAGUUAUUUUUAUUUAUAAUUGGAACAUGUAAAAGUAUAGUACUUAUGAUACUAAAUUUUCAGCCAAAAAUAUUCAUUUUUGUUGAGUUGACUGCAAUUUUUUGACAACAGCCCUUUUUUGCGGUGAGCAGCAUAACUAAGUCCAGUCUCAUCUGAAAUCAAAAAAUCAAAAAGUUUCUUGUAGUUUAUACCUCUGGUUAGUGAAUGAACGAAGAAAUUUUUAUUAGGUGAAGUUGUUUUUGUUUUAUAAAAAAAACUACUUUAAAAAUGGUCAUUUUUGAAAAAAUGAGAAAAACUAAUCACGAGUUUAGGCAAAUUUUGAACAUCCAUAUAAUAACCAAUUUUUGUCUAACAAGAAAACAAAACAUCAAAAAUAUUUAGAAAAGCAAAACGUACAUUUUAUUACUCCUUGAGAUUUUUGGUUUUCCUAUUUGUUUUUAAGUUAAUUCCAUAAACAAUUACGAUUUUUUCAAAAUUAAAAAUAAUGUUUUAUUUUAAACCCAUUUUUUUUUCAAAAUUGAGCACUUUGAACCAAAACUUGUAGAUAAUAUAAACAAUACAUAAGUAAAGUAACUUGUAAAGCGGUAACGAUUAAUUUUAUUCGAGAAGCUAAUUAAGGGGUGUUUGAAAUGGGCUGUUCUUUUCUAUUUUGGGGUGGAGAGCGGACUGUAGACUGUACAUUUUUUAAUGGGUUGGAACAGCCACGGUGAGUAGACCUAGAAUCACUAUUAGGUGCAGGUAUCUGUUCGUUUGGGGUAGAUUAAAAUGAUGGCUAAAUAUUAUGCCGUUUAAUCAAGCGAAGAAAAUUAUGACAAUCAAAUUAAAUCUCACAGCGUCGGCCAAGGUUUUGUUUUUCAUUUAGCGUUGCCAUGGGACUAAAGCCCCGUUCACUCAGCAUGUAGGGACAACGCAUUAACCAGUGUUUUUCUCCAUUUUUUUAUCAAAAAAUAAAAGGGAUCAACAAUAUUUUGAGCGUAACUCACUUACUUUUAAUGUUAGAAGUUUUUUUAAAAAACAAAAAUAAACCUUUUUUUGAACACUUUAAAAAAGUUGUAAUGAAUUAUCCCCGAAAAGUGCUCCGUUUUUUGGUUAUUUCACAUUGAAAUAUUCGAUUUGGAAUUUGACGAAGAAGAACCUACAUUUCAUUAGCUGCAACUCUGCUUCUAUUGGGUCUGCAGACCUCACGCAUACACCAUUUUUUUCAAUUUUUUAUGGGCUAUAAUACUUACCUUUUGACUUAUCUCCGAAAAACGGUCCAAAAACAUUUUUUUUUUUGGUUAAAAAUGAACACAUUCACUCGCAUAUAACUCGAAUAGUAUUGACUUAGUAAAAAAACUCUAUAGAACAAAAGUUACUUAGAAUUAGUCAUUAUAUCCAAUUCGGGACUUAUUUUGAACGUAUAUUUUUUCACCCCCGAGAAAAAAUUUUUCACCCCGUAUUUUCCAAUUUUUGUAAAAUGAAGGGGGUGUAGUAGGUCUGGAUCCCACGUAUGAAAAAAAAGUUUAUUAAUAGCAAGCUGAAAAUUUGUUAAUAGCUUAAGGGUGUCUAGUCGGACAAAUUUUGAUAUAUGGGAACACUGGAACAGGGGAAGUUUUAAUUGUGGAACAGGUUAAAAAUUUGGAACGGUCAGACCACGAAAACGGCACAUGUAUUUUGUCCGACAGAACAGACUUAAACUCUUCGAACAGAGAUUAAAAUUUCAUGCAAAAAUCAGACUGCUAUUUAUCACCAAAUGAGCGUUUUAAUGAGUGGAACAUGUAGAAUAUGUCAAAUGACAGCAAUUAUGACAGGUGAUAAAUAGCAGUCUGAUUUUUGCAUGAGAGUUUAAUCUCAGUUCGGAGAGUUUAAGUCUGUUCUGUCGGACAAAAUAAAUGUGCCGUUUUCGUGGUCUGACCGUUCCAAAUUUUUAACCUGUUCCACAAUUAAAACUGCCCCUGUUCCAGUGUUCCCAUAUAUCAAAGUUUAUCCGACUAGACACCUUUAAGCUAUUAACAAAUUUUCAGCUUGCUAUUAAUCAACUUUUUUUUUCAUACGCGGGAUCCAGACCUAUAGAAUUGUAAACUUUUUCUUAUAUAAUAAUAGACAAUUUCAACUACCUAUUCCCAAAUUUUCAUCCUUCCUUUAUUUUUUGGAGGUUUUCGUAAAAUUUUGCUUCCCCUGAUCGGGCUAUAUAAAGAAGGCAAAUAAAAGCAAAAAAUAAAAACUUAGUUUCAAAAUACUUACAUUUUCUACACUGUUGAAAGUAGUCGAACGUUUGUGUUUGCUUUUUUGAUUAGAACACAUGUUUAUUAAUCCGGUAUACAGUAAUCGUCGGCUCGCGGAUGAACGAGAAUUGACUGUAUUUGGCGAAAAUUCAAAGAAUCCGUUUUGAAAACGUAUUACAAGAAAAGAUAAUUAUUUUCGUUAUAUAGGUAUGUGAAAAUAAAUCUAUAUUUGUUAUGUAUUUUGCCAGGCACUUUAUUAAUAGUGAAUAUUAAGAGUAAUUUCUGCGUUCAUUAUUUAUCAUAAUCAGUAAAACUACAUUACAGUAAAUAUUACUUUUUACAUCACAAAUAUUAUUACAAAUUUCGAAAAUAGAUAUUGAUAAAUUGUCGUGUUUUCGAAGCAAAAACUCUUCCUCCUAAUGAAACUGUAGUUUCUAAGUACAUAUAUUUAUUUUGGUUUUCAAACAGUUUCUUUAUAUUUUGGCCCUAGUCAUAUGUGUUUUGAUUACUUUUGAUGUGAUUUUAGCUUAUAAACCAAUAUAUUAAACGAUAAAUAUAUAUUUUUAUUUAUUUCGAAUAUAUAUUCCUUAGCUUUUGUACUCAAUAAAAUUUAUGUAAAAUAA